UACUAGUUAAUUAAUCCAUAUAAAUUGUUUUGCAAACAUACUAAUAAUUAUUUACUAAUUUAUUUGAAGAGUGUGGGAAGAAAAUUAAUAAUUACUUUUAAAUAAAAAUUAAGUUAUUAGCAAAUGAGUUUCGUCUCCCUAGUAAGUAAUUUCCCUCCUAUAAUGGAAUCAUAACAACAAAUAAUGAAUGGCAAAUAGUAAUAAAUACAGCCAAAUUCUUAUUUAAAACUACAUCAGCCAUUACUGUUAGAUAAUAAGUAAGCGAAUGGGAUAUAAUAAACAGAAAUUAAUUAUGAUUCAAGUAAAAAACCUUAUCAAAUGCCAUAUUCUAAUCCUUUAUAAAUAUGUUAGUAGAAUAACAUAGUUUCUCCUUUAAAAAUAAAUGAUUAUAAGCAACCAGUACCUAUUUAGCAGAGUAGUGUACCUAUGGUUAUUUAUCCAAGCUAUUACUAAAAUAGUGUUCCUACAACCACUUAAUAAAUCACAAAUAAUGCUUAGCCAAACAUUUACCCUGUAAUAUAUACUACCUCUACUCCCAACAUAUACAAUAACAACUAUGUAUGCACUACAUCAACUCAGUAUCAAAAUAGUUACUACAAUUAUCCCUCAUAUUAGUGGAUUCCCAAAUAUUAAUGCUAUAAUUAGGCCAAUUAGCUUUGUGUUUAAUAAUAAUAAACUGUCACAAUGUAAAAAGUAAUUUAAAAUGUUAAUUCUUAGACUUAAAAACCAGAAUCACCUGAAAGAAUAAACAAAUUAAGAAGCUCUGAAGAAAACAGUAUUGUCAAAACAGAAAAUUAGGAUGAUUAAUUAAAAAUUUAAUUAUUUAAUUAGACUUAAUUUAAAAACGAAUCUGUCAAAAUAGAAAACUCCUAAGAUCAAGAUAACUUACCUGAAAAAUCUUAAAUUAAAUUAAAUAAAUAAGUUCGAAGCAAUGUAAAGUAAAGGAUUUUAUCAAAGUUUUAAAAAAGCAAACAAUCUAGCAUAAUAGCUACAAAUUAAGAUUAGCAGACUCUAUCGCUAUAAAAUAAAUCUUUAGUUAACAACAAAAUGAAUGAUUUACCUAAUUUAAAAAAAUAGUUAAAAAACUCUCCAAAUGAAAAUACAUUUUAAGAUAAAAACAAAUUUGAAAAAUAAAUCUCCUAAAAUUAAAUUGAAAAAGAAUAACAUUUUUAAAUUUAAAAAUUGUAGUUACCUUUAUCUUCUAUAAACAGUAAAUAAUAAAAUUCUCCCAAUAAAAAUAUUUUAAAUAUUAACUCUGAAAGCUCUCAACCACAGAUCUAAAUAUAAAAUAGUACUAAUUCUUACUAAAAUAAUCAAAAUUAGAUUGAAGGUCAAGACGAUACUAGUCAGACAACAUUAAUAAAUGAAAAUAAGAAUGAAAACAAGAAGCAACUUUAACCUUCUAAAGAAUGUGAGCUAUAAUUUGAAUAAAAUAAAUAAGCCUUAGAGAACAUUAAAAAUGAUGUAAUGUAAAUUGAAGAAUAAAAUGCUUAAUCCUUGGUUUCGUAAAAAAAUAGUGAAAAAAAGUGUGGAAAGAACUAUGAUUUAAUUAAAUAAGAAAUUAAUCGCUUGCAAAAAAAAAUACAUAAGAUUCUAUUAUAGGGACUAUGCAGUUAAACUGAUAAUUAUCUAAAAGUAAUUGAAUAAAAAAUAGAAUCUUAAAGACAAAGAUUCUUUCAAAACUUAACACUAAAUGACUUUAUUUUUCAAUUUCAAAAAUUUUUGUGUGUCAAACUAGGAUAAGAACAGAAUAAGUAUAAGCAAUGCGAAAGAAUAAUUGAAAAAAUGAUGACAAAAUUUACUAAUUCAUAAGAAUUUCUCAAUUAUGUUAUAAAUAACCAAAUUCUUUCAUCUUAAUUUAUUAAGUUUAUCAUUUAACCUAUUGAAAAAUAUACCAAUUAAAUUGACCCCUAAGAUUAGUAGGAAUUCCAAGAUUUGAUAAAUAAUUACACAAAGAAGGUAUUUUAGCAUAUUACAGAGCUCGAAUAUUUAUAAAUUUGA